AUGCCCCUUAUAAAAUUUGUAAUUACUCUCUCUCUUAUAUUUUACACAGGGCCAUCACAGGGAAAGGUUUACAAGGUUGGGGAUUCUUCAGGGUGGACGAUUAUUGGGAAUGUGAACUAUACUGCCUGGGCUUCAUCAAAGACCUUCCGCGUUGGUGACACCAUUGGAUGCAGUGAGUAUAACAAGCAAUUCCACAAUGUACUGGAGGUGAAGGAGGCGGACUUCUUUACAUGCACAACGGAGUCUCUCCUCGCAAGCUUCAUAACCGGCAAUGACUCCAUUCCGAUCAAGCAAGCCGGUCAGCGGUACUUCAUAUGUGGAUUUCCCGGCCACUGUGACGGAGGCCAGAAGGUGGAGAUCAUGGUUCACAAGCUCACUUCCUCUUCUGCCGCCCCUCCAACUUCCUCUGCUGUUGUGCCGUCUACAUCUCCCGGAGCAUCACCAACCAACCCUAACAAUGCAGCUUCAGAAACUCACAAGGCUUUGUACUACUUCAGUCUUGCUGUUGUUUUUGUUUCUACUCUCCUUCUUGUUUGAAUGUAUGAAAAGCAUGCAAUGCCUGCAUGCACGAGUUAUUAUUAUUAGCUUUCCAUGAAUUUUGAUUUAUAUAUGUUGCCAUACUGCUAUUGGUUUGUAGGUGUAAAUAAUGUUGGUUGUAAUAAAGGGUACAUGCAUGAUUUUUAUUAA